AAGCCACAGAGAUCUCCGCGGGAUGUCGUCCUCCACGAAGGGAUGGUGGGCACUUCUGUGCCUGCUGCUGUGCCGUCUGGUCGCGCGGCAUCAGGCUCACGCGGACCGGAGCGCCGAACGACCGUACGAGUUCUCCUUCAACAUCAUCGAUUUCCAGCACAGAUUCGAGAAGAAAGAUGCCGACGGACUUAUCAACGGGGAAUACGGCUUUAUUACGGCGGAUGGUGUUUAUCAUGAAACUGGGUACGCCACGGACAAAAAUGGUGACUUUAUUAUCACCCGAAUGAGAAACCGGAAAAUAACCAGCUUGAAGGACGCCCAAGAGAUAUUCAAAGACAGACCGGAAGCGGCAAAGAAAUUGGUGGAGGCGAUCUCGAAGGCCUGCAGCGGCUGUAAAAUCGCGAAAGAUGAAGAUCUCACAAAGAAACCUGAGAAACACGUGGACACGUCCAAGAGCCUGGCGAACAAGUUGCGCAAGGAGAACGUCAUAUCGAUGACGCGGCCCAAGGAAGACGUCGUGAAGAACAUGAUGCGGGUGGCGAAGAAGCUGCUGCCGCAGGAGCCCGGCCCGAACAGGGUGAACGAUCAGGUGCUGGAGAAGAUGGCGAACGACCUGUACUAUCGGUUCAAUUACACGAUAACCACGCACGGACACCACGAGGACGGUUAUCGCAGCGGCCGGAAGGACGGCAGUUAUCAGGCGCAGAGCGAGGACGGCAUCGAGACGCGGGUUACGUAUCUGUCAAACGAAUUCGGACAUCAGCCCAACAUCACGUUCGUGCCGCGUGCGAGCGGCGCGGCCAACGAGGAUCACGCUCUCAAAGGAUACUUGUUCCGCUGGUAUUGGUCGUAAAUAUUGUCAUUCCCGGUUUCUAUCGCAAUUUCACGCGCGAUUUCCUUCUUUCUCUUCUGUUCUUCUUUUUUUUUUUUGAUUCUCUAACGGGAUUUAUACGCUAACAGAGUGUCGAUUUAGAUAACGUCCUCGGAGGAGUCGCGAGACUCCGAUUUUGCGACGAGCCGUCUGGCGACGAGUGAUUUACCGCGAGGGGAUCGAUGAUUUGUUAAAAUCGAAAUCGCUCCGGUGAUAAAAGGAUUAAUAAUUAUUAGCGCUCGAUUAGUAACGCUCGCUUAUUUCAUUUGCCGGGCAAGCUUCUUAAUGGUCUUACGAUUCGACUCGUGCAUGCAAAUGUACGAUUUUGAUUAAGUUCACGCGUAGAAAUUUGGAAUAAAUGAAUAAAGAUACGGCGAAGAAUAAUUCCUUCAGUUCAACCCGAUCGCUCACGAUUCAUUUAGAUUUCUAAGGCUCUCAGUAAGAACUGCAAAAUGCGGUGCCGUGUUUUCUAACAGGAAUUCCGCUCUCGAAAGCAGUUCAAAAGUACG